AAAGUACCAAGUGAAUAAUGCACAGGGUUUCUAUGUUUCAUAGUUAGUUGUGCGUGUGUACUUCGUAUAGGUCAGAAAUUGUAUUCAUAAUGGGUCUUAAGAAGGUAUUAAAGUCUUAAAUUUAACUUGUUCAAACCUGCAGAAACCCUGAAUGCAGAAUAUUAAGCAUUUCUUCGUCUUUUAGAUCUGAUAACCAACUUAUAAAUGCUAACGAUUUUAGCUAACGUCAAACCUAAUGGCCAAUGCUAAUGAGGCACAUGUCUUCAAUUUAGCUAACGCCUGCGCGUAAAUCGCCAUUGCUCAUGGGACCUAUGAGACCGAAAAAAAUGUAUGGGAGUCAAUGGAGAGAAAGUAAUUAUUUACUGAUCCCAGUCUUUAUAUGCCCCGGAUUACACAUAUGUUGUUUGUGGAUUUAAAUGAUAAUUUUUCAUGCAAAGAAAACUAUAAUUUAGCGGGAAGGAGUUUGAUACGGUUAGUUUUUGUGUGGGGCGCUUUGUGGACUACAACUCCCGCUGCUCUCGACGUGUAUGAUGUACGUCACCACCACUCGCAAACGGAUCCCGUCGGAACAUGGCUGUGUCUUUGGUGCACUUUACCACCUUCUUUCAAGGAGAGCACCAAAGCCUUGAUCGAGGUGAAAGAAGGUGGUAAAGUGCACCAAAGAGACAGCCAUGUUCCGACUGCGGGAUCUGUGUGAGCGCGACCCCUCCCCCUCCCACUCUGUCCUUCCGAACGAGCCAUGUGCAAAGACACCUCAUUCCCCCCCCCGCCACCCUCUCACAACGCAACAAGCAUGGAGGAUACCGCUAAAUAAAAUCAUACGGCGGAGUGAGACGAAUUUAUUUCAAAGAGGAUAAACAACGGCUCGGUUAAUUAAUUAAAAUAUACGAAACAAGCGAAAUUAAACCAAACAUGUUCCCAAAUGGAACAGAGGGGGAGGGGGGGGGGCGAUCUCGCCAUCUCGGUUGAACUCAGUGGUGACCGAGCGAAAUGAACUGUUUGAACUGUAAGUUCAAACAGUAUGAACUGUUUUCAUUGUGCUUGGUAUGAACUGUUUUCAUUGUGCUUGGACCACUUUGGUGGUUUAAAUGGUAAUUUCAAUCACUCGUAUUACUGCAAUACCUUACUGCGUCCGUAUCUCUGCCUAUGUACACAAAUAUAUUGUAUUUGUGUACAGCACUUUGGUCAACUACUGUUGUUUUAAAUGUGCUAUAUAAAUAAACUUGACUUGACUAUGGCUCGCCUGGUCCUCUGCCAAUGCUACCGCGAUAACAGCUUUCCGGGUGGCGUCCAUGUUUUCCUCCAACGACCGAGCGAAAUAAUAAAACGCUUGAAGUGUGGGCGUGGCGUCAGAUCUGAGAUCCGAGUCGGUUCGCAGAGAAUACUCGAACGCAGCAUAACCUACAGCUGUAUAUUAUUGUUUUGCACGGGUGAAUAUUUGUUUAGAUGAAAAACUGUUUCCCUUUUUUUUUUUUUACAUGUUCAUGCCAUGUGCCAGCCAGAGUUCCUUAAUGGCACAACCAAUGUUCUAACUGGCAGCUAUUUUUGUAACCUUCAAAGUGUUCCAUUCUGUUAAAAAAUAACGAUACAAAAUCAAAUGUUGCAGUCAUACUGACCUGUGUUUUGUGAUGCUAAAUCAAAUACACAAAUACUUGUUGUUGUUGUUGUAAUAGUGGAAGGACGACAACAAUGCUGUUCAAAGUGCAAUACCACGGAAAGAAGAAGUACAUUAAACUUAAUGGAGACUCACAUUCAGAAUUUCUCAAAGAGGCUAAAGUGAAGUUCAGCAUCUCCACUGAGACAGACAUAUAUGUGCUGGAUGACACUGGAACAGAGGUCGAUGAAGAGGUCUUCACCGACAUCCUGGAGGAAAAAACGGACAUCCUGUGGACGAUUGUUGAUGUUCUUUCAGUCUCUGACUCUCCUGUCCCAUCCUCAUGCAAUGACACCUUGUCACUAUCGUCACCCACAUCAGAGAGUGAUACUUCUCUGAUGUCUUCAAAAAGAUGGCCCAUCGAUAAUUCCUUUCUAAUGUCUCCAAAAAGACAGUGCACAGAUGACACCAUCUUGAAGUCCACACAAAGUCAGCAUAUUGAUGACAGUUCUUCACAGGCCAAAGAGCUUGUCAAGAGAGUUCUGGAACAAAAGCCUGGAGGGGAGAAGAUACUUAAAGAAUAUGCCAUGAGAGGAGAAUUUAAGGACCGGACACGCCGUGAACUUGUCAACAUCAUUGUUGCUGAUAUGGUGGAAAAAUAUGGACGUGCUCCACCAAAGGACAAAAGAACACAGUAUGCAUGGGGGAUUGUAACACUGUUUCCUUCUCUAAAAGACCCCUACUCCAAAAAAGGCUAUGAACAUUUCUAUGAUGCAGAUAGCAACGAGGGCUACAUUGCAUGGAAGCUUAAAAACACACAGCGGGACCUCAACAGUGGCAGCAGUAGCAGUGGAUUUAGGAGAAUGAGCUCUCACACCUCAAACAGCAGUGGACCACAGUUGGAGAGAGAAGUGUCUAAAGAGCUCCAGCUGGAGGGAGACCAAUGUUGCGAGGCCAUUUCUCUACUGAAACACAGCACGGACAAAGAACAGAUAUUCAUGAAAAUGAAAGCAACCUUCAACCACAGACAACAGCUGAUCCACGAUCCUGAGCAAUGCAGCACAGUUCUUACACUGUUCCCAAGGUUCCUUGACACGAAAGGCCUGGUCUUGCAGGACUUUGACCUGUUGUUUAGUGCUGAGACUUCUUCAAAACUUCUUGAGAAAUGGGGAACACUCCUGAAGGUAAAAGUAAUAGAGCAAGCCAAAAACCUCAACAAGACACCCCUUCUUGACGACCUCAUUCAGUCUGCAGAGGAGAACCCUGAUGAGGAUGAUGAAGUGCCAGGUUGGGAUAGUGACAUGGCUUCACUUCUCCUCCUGGUGUACCUCCUUCCACCACCUCCAAGUGGAAAGAAGGGAGCGGUUAAACUCAGUAUCCGGGAAGCUGUUGAUCGUGUGGUCAAAUUUCACAAGUCAAGUCGCAGCCUUCAGGAACACUCUGGUCCAGACCAGCGGAGGCAGCCCUACAUCCUGGCAGUUGGGACGGCAAGAAACAGCAUCCAUCAGUACUACAUUGCGAUGGAUAAUGGGCUCCUUCCCUGCAAUGCCAGGUCUUCCCUCUCAGCCUUUGAUGAACUUUUCAAGGCACAUUAUGUGUUUGGUGUCUCCUAUGACCAGGCCUUAAACAGCAUGUUUACAUUUGUGCAGACCACCAUAUACAACAUUGACAUCGGACUCUCUCACGAAACUCCCAGAGUCAAGGACCUCAGGGCAAAGCUCCUCAACUGAACUUAUGAUGUUUGGAUGCUUUGUGUGCAAAUCCGCUUUUCACAGCAUUCAGCUGUUGGUCCGCCAUCUCAAAGUUUCCCAUGCCUUUUUUCCUGGUAAGCAGUUUCAAUUGGUGUGUGACCAGAAUGGAUGCCGUCACAGAUUUUGUAGUUUUUCAGGCUUCAGAAAACAUCUUCAGUGCAAGCAUAAUGCUGAAAUUCUAGAUCCAGCUAUUAAUGAACCAGUUACUCCUUCAGUUGUUGUACAUGAUCAGCGAACAGUAUCAACUUUAAUUUCAGAGCAACCAGUGAAUUCUCAAAGUUGUAUUGAGAACAGGCAACAUACCCAAGAAAUGUGUGCAUCCCUUAUUGCAAAACUCCAAAGCAGUGGUGUGGCUACUAAUGUUGUAAAGACUGUUGUUGCAAAUAUGGAGGAGCUUGUAGAGGAAUUGCAUUCAACUGUUAAAGAAGAUGUGAUAAAAUUACUACCCGAUGAGGGCAUGAGAGCAAAAUUUGAUGAAUACUUUGACAGUCUUGAAAAUCCAUUUAGCAAACUAAACACUGAGGCAAAAUUGAAAAAAUAUUUCAGUGAGAAAUGUCGUCUUGUAGAACCUGUUGAGGUCGCUCUAGGAGUGAGGUAUGACACCAGAAGGAAUCGAGACACUGGCACAUACGAACAAGUUCCUGUUACAGACAAAUUUGUGUACAUUCCUCUAUUGGAAACACUGAAAUUCAUAUUCCACAACAAGGAUAUUUGUGAUUAUAUUUUGCAGCCUUGUGAGAAAACAGGCGUUUAUAAAGAUUUCUGUGAUGGGAACUAUUUUAAAGAUCACCCCCUUUUCUCUGAAAAACCAAACUCUCUCCAAAUACAGAUAUUCUACGACGAUUUUGAAAUGGCAAACCCACUUGGAUCCAAGCAUGGUAUCCAUAAGAUUGGAAGUAUAUACUUUGUUUUACGAAAUCUGUCUCCAAAGAUAAACUCAGCUCUAAUGAAUAUUCAUCUUCUGGCACUUUUUCACACUGCUGAUAUAAAGAAGUAUGGAUUUGAUGCCAUCUUGGAGCCUCUUGUACAUGAUCUGAAAGUCCUUGAGUGCACAGGAGUGGAACUCCCUUUCUCUGAUGAACCAGUUUGCGGCACAAUUGCUCAAGUAACUGGGGACAAUUUGGGAUUGCACACACUUCUUGGGUAUGUUGAAUCAUUCAAUGCCAACUAUUUUUGCCAUUAUUGUCUGAUAGACAAACAGACCGCGCAGACAGUUUUUAGUGAUGAUGAUCCAAGAAUAACGUUCCGCAAUAAAGCCCUCCAUGCUCAGCAUUGCAAUGACCUCAUGGCAGAUCCUACACUGGCUUCAACAUUUGGAGUGAAGCGAACGUGUUUACUCAAUGAUCUACAGUACUUUCAUGUUUCUGACAACUAUGCUGUAGACAUUAUGCAUGACAUAUUGGAAGGAGUGGGGCAAUUUGAGCUAAAGUUGCUCUUUGGUUACCUCACAGACAACAUCAUGUCCAAGACAGAUGUUUGUAACCGGAUAUAUUCAUACAAUUAUGGCUUUGUUGAGCGAAAAAACCGACCAACCAGAAUCAACUUGGAGCAGACUGGAAACGGCAUUGGUCUUAAUGCCAUUCAGACAUUUUGCUUGAUCCGGAAUAUGCCCUUGAUAUUUGGAGAUGUUGUACAAGAAGGAAAUGCACACUGGAGACUCUUGCUGCUUCUGUUGCAAAUUAUGAACAUCGUAUUUUCUCCAGUCGUUACUGAUGGCAUGACUGUAUGUCUGAAGCAUCUCAUUGUUGAACAUCAUCAACUUUUCAAACAGCUUUAUCCACAUCGCAAACUGAUUCCUAAACAUCAUUUCAUGACUCAUUAUCCCAGGUCCAUUCGAAAAAUAGGGCCAAUUCUUCAUGUUUGGACAAUGCGAUAUGAAGCCAAGCAUAGGUUUUUCAAGAACACAAUCAAAAAUUUCAAAAAUAUAACAAAGUCGUUGGCUAAAAAGCAUCAGAUGUCUAUAGCAUUUCAUUGGGAAUCAACACCUUUCAAAAGUAUUGACUGUGGGCCAGUGAAAACCGUUAAGCUCAAUGCCAUAGAAAAUGGUGAGAUAAUUGCUGAAGAACUACAGGUUGACUUGGACUGUGAAGUUGAUGUGACAUCUUGGAUCACUUGUUUUGGGACAGAAUAUCGCCCAGGCCUUCUGGUUUGCUCAAACAUAGAGGAUUUGCCAGUGUUUAGCCUGAUAAGAGAAUUUUUUUUACUUAAUGGAGACUAUUUUCUUCUAGCAGAGGACUUUGAAACACUUUGUUUUGCAGAACAUUUUCAUUCUUUUAAUGUGAGACAGGGAAAUGACAAAAAUAUUUCAGUUCUAAAAGUUGAUGAGUUGUGCUUGUUUAAGCCAUUUGAUUUGCAAACAACUUAUGGGUUGGACAGAGAUGACAAGUAUGUGGUGCCUGUGCAUGUGUUGCUGUAAGCAACUUGUUGAUUGGUUGCCAGGCACACCUUUAUUUUCUUUAUUUUCUAAACUUUCAAGUUCAAGUUGUUAGUUACAUCAUCUAAAUGUUAAACUAAUUUUCAUUCUUUUCAUGUGAGAGAGGGAUAUGACAAAUGUUUCACUGUUAAAAGUUGACGAGUUGUGCUUGUUCAAGUUGUUCAAGUUGUUGGUUACAUAAAUGUACAACUAAAUAUGGUUCUUGAUCGAAAAAAAUUAAAGUAAAUGUAUGCACUGUAAAAACAACAACAGCAUCAAUAAAAAUGUUUUCAAGAAUCUAAUGUGUAGACUAUUCAUUCAUGAAGUGUUGACAAUUCACCUCAAAGGUGUUGGUUGUACACCAGUCAGAGUACAUUCUCACUCUAGAAGUAUUAAAUAAUCAGCUCUGCGAAGUGCUACAAAGCACUGACUUGGAGUACAUAUUCUUUCUCUCUGGUGUUCUAGGUUUACACUGCAGGUGUAAGGAAGCACUGAAUGAGUGCCCAAAAGUACCACUAAUAGAGUACAUUUGCACUCUCAAAGUGUUCAAAUGUAACUCUAAAUUUGGAGUACAUAUUUUGCACUUCUAACAGUGUUCAGUGAACACUGAACUCUUGGACCUAUAUGUACCCCGAAGUGAGUGUUACAUGUACA